UGUCCUAGAGACCACAUAUGCUGUGUCUAUGAUGGUGAAGAAGUCUGCGUCCCUCCUGCUCCCAUAAAGCCAGGAGUGUGUCCUCACAGACACUUGGGCCACGGACGUUGCCUUGAAUCUUGCUUUAAUGACAGAGAUUGUCCCUUUUUUGAGAAGUGUUGCUCCAAUGGAUGCGGACAUGAGUGCAUGGCUCCCUACAAAGUAAAACCAGGAGUGUGUCCUCGCAGGCGCCUGGGCUACGGACGGUGCGCUGAAUUUUGCUCUAAUGACAGUGACUGCCCCGACAAGGAAAAGUGCUGCUCCAACGGGUGUGGACAUGAGUGCAUGGCACCGUACGUAGUGAAGCCUGGCGGCUGUCCUCUGCCUGAGACCACCCCCAUGUGUGCUGAGUACUGCUAUCACGAUGGUCAGUGUCCAGGAGAUCAAAAGUGCUGCAGGACUACCUGUGGUCAUGCAUGCAGUGAGCCCUGCUAAGGAAGUCCAUCAUCUACAUUAAACAUCUCUCCUUUUUAAACGGACACAUUUUUCCCACAAAGAAAAAGUGGCCUGUUUGCAUUUAUUCCUUGUCCUCUUUUUUGUACCGCGUGUAUUCUUACUUCAGUGUGAAAAACAGUAUAUCUGUUCCAUUUCUAAUUAAAGCCUUAGAGUAUGAUGCAUUGUUUUUGUUGUUUUUGUAUGACCAAUAAAAAUAGCCCAAUCCUGUAUAACUUUGCUAUAAAUGUGUUUUUAAUAGAUCCUGGAAUUCACAAGCCUGUCGGGUUUUUUGAGUCCGUUUCCCUGCAAAAACAAAUGAUGAAAUGUAGCAAGAAUGGAAAGUGUUUCCUGGCAGAACACAAAAUGAUUUAGAUGGACAAUGAAAACGUUCUUAGUUUUCAGCAUUGUUGCACACUUGUGUCUCAAACUGUAUUGUGCUGUUUGUUAUUU